AAAAUGAAAUGAAUAGUAACUCCCACUGAGAUUUCACUGUUUGGCCAGCAAGUUCCACUUCCCUCCGAUAACUCCAAGACCACCGAGUACCGACCUUUGUAACCCUCAGACCUCAGCCCAUCCUUUCUCUCUCUACAAGAUCACAACUCACAUGGGUCAACCUCUCCUCAACCCCAUCACCCUCUUUAUCUCAAACCCAUGCACCUCCUCCCUUUCCAUCUUCAUCAUCUGCAUUCUGGGCUUUUAUACUCUACAUUACCCCCACGCUUCACCUUCCCCCUCAAAUUCCCAAACCGCCCUCAUCUUCCGCCGUAGCUUCCUCUCCUCCGCCACCAACGCCACCGUCGCCGCCUACCUAAGGGCACUCACCCAACACCCCCACCUCGCCGGCACCAAACCCUCCCUCGACACCAUCCACUAUGUCCAGUCCCACUUCUCGGGCCUGGGCCUCCAGACCCACACGGCCCGCUACAACGCCCUCCUCUCCUACCCCCUCCACUCUUCUCUCUCCGCGCAUUUUAGCAACGGCAGCCACGUGGACAUCCCGCUGGCCGAGCCGGGUUUGUCCCACGACGGCGGCGGCGGCGGCGGCGUCGUCCAACCGUACCACGCCUACUCGCCUUCCGGUUCGGCGCGCGCUAAGGUUGUCUUCGUGAACCACGGUAGCGGCGAGGACUAUCGUGCGCUUGAGGCGCUCGGGGUGAGCGUUAGCGGGUGCGUGGUGAUAGCGAGAAGAGGCGGCGACUUGCCGAGAGGCGAAGCGAUCAGAAAUGCCGAGAAGAACGGUGCGCUGGCCGUGCUAUUGUACACCGAGGGGGACAGAAGGUUUAACCAGGGUUUUGAGAGAGGGGUGGUGAUGAAUGGCGUGGGGGACCCACUGACCCCCGGGUGGGGCGGAGUUGAUGGAGCUGAAAGGUUGGAUUUGGAGGACCCUGAGGUUCUGAAGAGGUUUCCCAAUAUUCCAUCCAUGCCAUUGUCUGCCGAGGCGGCCGGGACCAUUUUGGGAACCCUAGGCGGGGCCGGAGCCCCGCCGGAGUGGCGGGCCGGAGUAGGGCGAGUUGGGCCAGGCCCCACAGUGCUGAACUUCACUUACCAGGGGGAGAAAAAGAUGGUGACCAUUCAGAAUGUUUUUGCUGUCAUAAAGGGGUUGGAAGAGCCUGACCGCUAUGUGCUUCUUGGCAACCAUAGAGAUGCAUGGACAUAUGGGGCUGUUGACCCCAACAGUGGAACUGCCGCAUUACUUGACAUUGCUCGUCGAUAUGCUCUUCUUAUUCAUUCAGGUUGGAAUCCUAGGAGGACAAUUAUCCUUUGUAGUUGGGAUGCAGAAGAGUUUGGAAUGAUAGGAUCUACCGAGUGGGUUGAACAAAACCUUGUUAAUCUUGGCUCCAAAGCUGUUGCCUACCUUAAUGUAGAUUGUGCAGCCCAAGGGCCAGGAUUCUUUGUUGGGGCGACUCCUCAGCUGGACAAUCUCAUUCUUGAGGUGACAAAGAAGGUCAAAGAUCCUGACUUGGAGGGUUCCACUGUAUAUGAGAACUGGCUAACCAAAAAUGGCAUCAUUGAUAUUCAAAGACUUAGUGGAGUUGAUUCUGAUUUUGCAUCAUUUGUGCAACAUGCCGGGGUUCCUUCCAUUGACAUUUACUAUGGGAGAGAUUUUCCUGUUUAUCACACUGCUUUUGACUCCUAUGACUGGAUGAGAAAGUUUGGAGAUCCUUUAUUUCAUCGUCAUGUGGCUGUUGCUGGAAUAUGGGGGCUAAUAGCGCUCCACCUGGCUGAUGAUUCAAUUCUCCCUUUCAAUUACUUUUCAUAUGUGGAUCAGUUAAAGCAUUACAAAGAUGUUUUGAGCCACUUGUUGGAUGGGAGUAUAUUGCUAGAUCCUCUCACAACAGCAAUUGAGGAAUUUGCCUAUGCAGCCAAAGAAGCUGAAGAUGAAGCGCAGAAGCUGAGAGAGGAAGAAAGUACAAGUGAGUUUGUAAUGCUGAAGAAGCGGGCUUUGAAUGAUCGGCUGAUGCUUGCUGAAAGAGGCUUCCUGGAUUCUGACGGACUUGAAGGAAGACAGUGGUUCAAGCAUCUUGUUUACGGUCCUCCUUCUGAUCACGGAAGCAAACUCUUUUUCUUUCCUGGAGUAGCAGAUGCUAUGAAUCAAGCAAAGAGCACAAAAACAGGACAAGGGCAGGCAAAACUUCGACAUGAGAUUUGGAGAGUUGCCAGAGCCAUUCAGAGGGCUGCCAGAUCCUUGAGAGGAGAAAUUUACUGAUAACACUGCCGAUCCAAAGCAUUUCUAUCCCUAGACAACUAUCACUGAACAUACAGUUUUUGUAAAUAUACUGUAUUUAGAUUCCCUGUAUGUAUAGUUAUUUUUCCUUUAUUAAGCUUGGAAGUCGCUUUUCCUUCAAUU